UUUUUUGAAGAGCAGAAAAAUAUAUAGAAUCUGCUGUUGUUUAUAGAUCAUACAAUUAUAUGGAAGAAAAAAAAAUAGCUGCUAUCUUGCUUCCCCGCAUGUGUGCACCUACUAAUCUCAACUGGUCCACCGAGACCCCCUGAGCACCAACCCUAGUCCCCCAAGCAGUCCCAUUUCCUCUCCAACAAGAUGAAAGAAACUAUCAUGAGCCGGAAGAAACUCGUGGAACCGCAAGCACAAGUGUGCAUUGGUGGGAAAGAGCUGCUGGUGCAAAGAAGGUGGCUCUUAGAACAGCUGCAGCAGAUGAUAAAAAAAAAAAGAAAAGAAAAGAAACUUCAGUUCUCUUUAAAGAAGUUGGGGGUAAAAGAUAUCUCUGGUAUUGAAGAAGUGAAUAUGUUCACAAACCAAGGAACAGGGGUCCACUUUAAGAACCCUAAAGUUCAGGCAUCCCUGGCAGCGAAAACUUUCACCAUUACAGGUCACGCUGAGACCAAGCAGCUGACAGAAAUGCUACCCAGUUUCUUGAACCAACUUGGUGCAGACGGUCUGACUAGUUUAAGACUGGCUGAAGCUCUGCCCACACAGUGUGUGGAUGGAAAGGUACCGCUUGCUACCCGAGAGGAGGGCGAUGAUGACGUUCCAGAUCUUGUGGAAAACUUGGAUGAAGCUUCAAAGAACGAAGCAAAUGAAUAGAGGCACCUUCUGAAGAAGAUAAAACUUGAAGGAGUUACUGGGAGCUAUUUUAUAUUAUGACUGCUUUUUAAAAAUAUUGUUCAUGGAUCUGAUAAAAUCUAGAUCUCUAAUAUUUUUAAGCCCAAGUCUCUUGGACACUGCAGCUCUUUUCGAUUUUGGUUAUACACAAUUCAUUCUUU